AUGAAGACACCCACAGUCUUGCUUUUGGUGGUUUUGAUCUCCACAGUGAUGGACACGGCCUGUCCUCUGUCUUCUUCUGGAAGAUUGCAGAAACCUGGAGCUUGUCCCAAGGUGCCCCCACGUGUUGUUGGAGCGUGUGUUCAGAGGUGCUCUGGAGAUGAUACCUGCCCUAGGAAAAUGAAGUGCUGCAGCAAUGGGUGUGGUCAUGUCUGCAAACAUCCUGUGUACUAG